GAAGGAAGCCCAUCCUGGAGCUGUUUCAGUCUCGAGGAUUUUCACAGCUGAUCACUGCUGCCACAACAGACAAGAACACACUGCUUGACCUUGUUUUUAUUUCUCAGCCACAGAGAAGCCUCCAUUCUGGUGUCAUGAGAACGUAUUACAGUUACCACAACCCUGUUUUCUGUGUGCUGUCCUCCAGCCUGUCAUGAAGAGGUCAGGUGAGACUUAAAGAUCAUGGAACAUGUUUGGUACUGACUUUACUGUUUGUUGUGCAGAUCAGGAGAGUUUUAUUGUCUUUAAAGCUGCUUAAAGAGGUAAGAAGUACAGUGAAUGUUUUUCUUUUGAAAUAUGUGUUAAAGAAAUCUGAUUGGGGUCACAGGUCAGCUGUUCAGUUUCUGGAUUAAGAUUUGAUUUAGGUACACAUUUCUAAUCUGUAACACAAAGUUUUAUAGGUCAUAAUUCUCUUUAUAGAUUAAUAUACUUUUCAGAUAUGAAGUUUCUCAGAUGUUAAGUUUUUCAGAUAUUGUUAAGUUUUCCAUAAACAAAUGUUUUUUUGUAAAAUACCAGUCACUAAAGUUAUUAGUUUUUCAUGUAAAUAUAUUUUUGAAAAUAAUAUUUUCCAGAUACCACAGUCUUGAAUCAAAAUACAUUUAUUCAGAAAAUGCAUAUUUAACAAUUAAGACAUUUGAAAUGAUAAAAUAUACAUAAACACUAAUCUACAUUAUAGCUUGUUGAAACACAAUUUGGCCUGUGCAUUUACCUGGGUGGGUGGGUUUUGGGUGGGUAAAUGCACAGGCCAAAACAUCUUCAGCAGCUGUGAAACAGCUGCAAACAUCUACUAAAAAUACCAGCUGACACCCCACGUUAGAGCAGAUGGGAGGGGUGGAGAGGGUGGGGGGAGAUUAAUAAUUUAUUGUUUGAUACAUUUGCUGUAGACAGGAGAGCAUGUCUCUCCUGUCUCCUCUGAGACAACACAUCCAAGCUUCAUCAACAUCAACACAACAACAACACCUCAACAUGUUCAUGAACUGCUGGUCCAAACCCGACCCAUCAGAGCUGGACCACACAAGGACCACCCACCACAUAGAGACUGCUGCUCUACAACCUGCUAUCCUGAAUCAGAUGACACCUGUCAGCCAUCACCUGACCUACCUGAAGCUGCAACAUGUUGGUGUGAGUCCAGUCUUUGUUGUGUGAUGUCAGCUGGUAAAGAACAGGUUUUUCACAGAUGUGCACCUGAGGCCUAAUUAAAGCACAGAUCCAACAUGACUCCAGUGAAAAACUGUCAGGGAAACUGAAUCUGUUUAUUCAGAGAUGAUUUCUGAAUGAUGACAUCAAACCACAUCCAGUGAUGACAUCUUUCCUGUGUUUAUAUUCUCACCUGGGUAACACAGGUGGCGUGGAUUUAAGGAAACCAAAAACUAAUUAUUCCAAAUUGAUGAAUUUAUAAUUGUAAUAUGACUUUAAAUCUAUCUGUACUGGAGUUGAAUCUAAGAACAUCUGUGGGU